AAAUAAAAUUACGUUUUCGUCGUACGCGGUGUUCCCAGUUUCCCGCUACUCUACAGCCACCACUGCUCCCUCAGGGUGAUAGUGACACUGAGGAGGAGGAGAGUGAUUAUUAAGAUGAGGUUGAAAACCAAUUGUUAGCAGGAUGAUGAUUAAUGAAGAAUUGCAUGCAAGUUGGGACUAGCCAACUAGGUGUAUUGUCUUCCACGAUGUUGAGCACACAAGGCUGUAUGGUGUUGAUAUUCCAAUUGACUGAGAAGCUUUUAGUUCUUGCUGAAAGCAAUGAGAGGGCAGUAGAAGCAAGUAUUGGUGGUGGUGGUGGUGGUGGUGGUGGUGGCAAGACAUGUCUUUCGCUCACUGGAGGCAAGGUGGAUAUCCUGGGAGGAUUGCUUCAUCGGUCAAAGGUUCCCAGACAGAUGCUUCAAUCUGCAUGGUCAAUCUUAACCAUGGGGUGCGAGCUUAAAUGAUCAUAGUAGCAAACCACUAGUGGAGUGUGGGAUUCGAGUUCCACCCACAAUGUUCAAAAAAAAAAAAAAAAAAGGAUGAGUAGCACUAGGACAGAAGCCUACUAUACGUUUGUAUGCUCCAUUCAUUUAUGUAUAUGCUCACUAAUAAGCAAGGAUUGAGGAUUGGCAAUGGCAAUGGCAUGCAAUGUUACGUAAAUCAAAAGGUAAAAUGGUA